AUGGCUGAACUUGCUGCACUCGGCGUCGCAGCCAGUGUACUUCAGGUUGUCGAUUACGGCACCCGCUUUCUCACUACGCUAUACCAAGUCAGACAAUCGAAAGGUGACUUUCUUAACAAUCUUCAAAGCUUACACAACUCGUCGAGCAAUCUCAGGGAUGCCCAGCAUGAGCUUCGUGCGAUUUCACUCCCCGGGACCAGCACAGAUGCAGCGAUAUCGUCUCUCGCCAAGAAGAGUGAAGCGAUUGCAAAAGAAAUCCUUGACUCGUUGAAGCGCAUCGAGGAAAAUAGCCACGGACGGAAGCGCGACGCGGUGAUCAAAACAUGGCUGAUCAUCUUGAAGGAGGACAAAUUGAAGGGCCUUGAAGGCAGACUGACAGAGGUCAAGGCAGACCUGACGUUCUACCUAUCCGUCAAUUUGAGAGCUACGGCACGAGAGACUCUGGAGAACCAGAUGCAGAUGUUGCAGGAGAUGCGUGACAUACGAGUAGACAUUAAAGCGAUCGGAGACGCUACGAGUGCAAACGAAGUUCUCAAGCAGGCUUCGGCUCAUGCAUUGAUCGCUCGUAUCCACAAUUCUGAGGCCAAGGUGCCACCAGAUUCAUCAAGCAUCCAACUAUCACCACAGAGGCGACAACAUUUGGAACACAUUUUUAUCUCGAGAGUCCGAUAUGAUACCAUACAAGAGAGAGAACUCACGAUAAAGGAAGCCCACAAGGGAACAUUUCGCUGGAUCUUCAAUGACAAUAAGGCUGGGGCUUCACCGAUUGGCUUCAAAGAGUGGCUUGCAUCCGACGGUAGCCUCUACUGGAUCACCGGAAAGCCAGGCUCAGGAAAGUCUACGCUGAUGAAGUACCUCCUUCAACCUAUUGACGAAUCGAGCAAUGAGAACAGAUGCAACGAAUACUUGCAACACUGGGCAGGAGACCAGAAGCUCACGAUUGCCACGUUCCAUUUCUGGGCCAUUGGAUCAGACAUACAGGCGAGUAAAGAAGGAUUGCUUCGGACCCUGCUUGUUCAGCUUUUUCGCGCGCAUCCAGAGGUCAUUCCACUUGUUGCUUCGUCGCGUUGGGAAUCUUUGUGCCUUUUUAAUGAAGACCCCAGGCGCUUGAGCCAAGAUGAAUUGGAGGACAUGUUUCGCCAUGCAGUGAAACAUAUCAGCUCCCGAGCAAAGCUUACACUAUUUAUCGAUGGCUUGGAUGAGUUUGACGGUGAUUGCAAUGCUCUUAUAUCCCUGGUACAGGAGUGCAUCGCGUCCCCAAUCAAUAUUUGCAUCUCGAGCCGUCCUUGGACAGAGUUUGAGAAUGCUUUCGGAGACUAUCCCAGGCUAAAGAUGGAAGACCUGACACAUGACGACAUCACAAAAUAUGUCGUUUCUAAAUUUGAGGUAAAUUCUCAAUUUACAAGGUUCCAGAAGCUACAUCCUCAAUUUGCUGGUGCUUUGAGCCACUCGAUCGCCGACAAAGCGAGGGGUGUUUUUUUAUGGGUUACCAUUGUUGUCGCGUCGCUCUUGGCUGGGAUGAUGGCUGGCGACCGCGUUGAAGAUAUCGAGAAUCGACUCGAUCUGCUGCCAUCAGAAAUGGAUGACCUCUAUGGAAGAAUCAUCGAAAGCAUUGAUCCUCUCUAUCGCGAACAUGCCGCUCAGCUCUUCAAGCUAGUCAAUGCAUGUAGGGAGCCUUCGCUACGUAUGUUAUGGUAUGCGGACGAGGUCAGGUUUUUGGACCGGACAAUUGACGAAGACCCGAAUGCUGUUCCAUUGGAAGACAUGAUUGGUCGACUAGAAGACAUGCGCCGCCGUAUUGUUAGUCGGUGCAGAGGCUUACUUGAAGUUCAUGAGAACACAAGACCUAUACCACUCUAUGACCAUAAUGGCGUGAAACAGCCCUGCGAUCCUACAAAACCCGAUGGAGGCGACGUUGUAUAUCUACACAGGACAUUUAAGGAGUUUCUAAGGAGCCUUGAUACGCAGCAAAAGCUCGAUAGCUAUCUUACCACACCUUACGAUUCUGGGCUAAGGAUCUCAGUGGCAUAUGUAUCCCUGGCCAGACUAUGGAUGAGAUCAAAGGCACAAACCAAAGAUGGGACUUAUCCUUUCCAGAUCUUUGUGAUUUUAAGCUUGGAUCAUGCGGGGGACGCUUUGCCAUCCUCACGGUCUGAUGUUGUUCGAUUACUGGAUCAUCUGCGGGAAAAUUGUGCCAGUCUCUGCCAGUUUAAGUAUAAGGACCACAGGUUCAGAGAUCCGAAGGGUGAAUGGCAGAGAAAAUUGACUGAGAUUGAAGUGAGCAAUUACUGCUCUGAUCCCAAUCAAGAGUUCCUCUGCCUGGCGACUGUGAUGUGUGCCGGGGAAUAUAUCAGAGCAAAGGCAGACCGCAAUGGUCUUGUCAUGAUUGCGAAGCGGAACCCAAGUCAGGAACAUUUAAAGCUGCGUGCACUUUGGUGGAGAAUACAGGGAAACCCCGAGCGACUCAAUGUCUCCCUUCUUUCGCUUGUGCGCCUGACAGACACAAGGAGUGCAUCAGUGAUUAAAUUGUUACUUGACCAAGGAGCAAAGCCAAACAAAAUGAUUAAGCAGAUUGGAUUCCGCAGAUCAGCAUGGGAAGAGCUACUUGCCGGUGCUAUUGCACAUAUUGAGAGAAACUUAAAGGAAGUAGAUAGCCAGGUGACAGAAUGCGUGCAUCUUAUGCUGGAACGAGGAGCAAAGGUGACUGUCGGGACCGUGGAAACAGCAAUUAAAAUAUCAAAGGAGUGUUCGGUGCCGCGAUAUUUGAUAUGGCUCACCAUCAACCGCCACCAGAGACAAGCUAAGGUCCGCAGGAAUGCGUCACUGGACAUUGUGUAUGCGCAACUUAAGGUGAUGAAGAAGGAUCGGGAGGCCCCCUUCAGGAUUAGAUAGCCGAAGAAAGUCUCGAUUGAAGGUAAUUGGAGGCACUGGAGACUACAGCGAACAAACAACAAAAAACUGGAUUACGAUGCUAUGAACUUGCACGACAUUACGCAAAGGGUAUACUCCAUCCAUUAUCCGUCCGACCCAUCCAAUCCGAACCAAUUCUAUACCAGUAACACAAACCGACCAUCCAUACCAUCCCAUCCCAUCCCAUCCAUGACCCUGAGAAGCACGCUCACAGCUAGACAUACUAAGACAGCUCAUCUUCCUCAUGCUCCCACUUCUUCGCCCCCAACUUUCGCAUCUUCUUUGGACUGCUGUUCCCAUUGACAGGUACCGGGCGUGCCUUUUCACCACUGACACGCAUGCGCUCCAGCUUGCGUCCCAGAUUGGUCAUGCUAUCGCCGCGAGAUGACUUAGACGAAGGCGCAAAGUCCUCACGCUCCUCGAGGGGCUUGCGCUUAGUGGGGCUGCGGGAAGCGAGCUCACGCUUGAGAAUACUGUUUUCACGACGGAGACGAUCCACUUCCUCUUCGAGAUCUUCGAGAAGAACGUUUUCUUUGUCACAAUCUUCGUCAGAGGCGAGACCGCGCUCGAGAACUUCGACUUUACGGUCCCAGUGCUCUUCGGUACGUUCUUGCUCUAUAGCCAUAGAAUUCUUCCAGCGGGCCAUCUCUAGCGCAAGACGCUGCUCAAACUCCAUGGCGCACUCUUCGCGAAUGGCUGCUUCGAGAUCAAGCAUGCGAUCCUCCAUUGUGAGAAGGUGGGCUUCAGCUGCGACGCGCGCUUCACUUUGACGAUCGACCUCUUCGCGCAAUUGAUCCGCUUCCUCACUAAGACGCGCGAUCUCAAGCGCUGCAAUCUCCAUUGUCGCACGCUCAUCUGAGCUCAUUGGUGGAGAGAAGUUUCUAUACGAUCCUCCACCUGCGGGCAUAAAUGGUCGUGGGUGAGGAUGUGUUGGGCUGACGGAGCGGUUUUGAGCCAUUUGUGGUGGUUGGGCGAGAAUGGUUGUUGUAAUUGAGGGGACGCGAGGGACUGUAACUUCACGAGCAAGGGCGCUGUAUCGAAGGAUUUGAGAUGUGGCGUUGAAGUCGCCGCGAGGGUCGGCGGUGACGAUCAUGACACCUCUUUGGGGGUUGCGGCGAGGAGCUUGGGAGUGAGAGGUUGAAGAGGAGGGGAACGAGUUUGAGAAGAGGAGCUCAGUGAGUUUGCAUUGUCUGAAGGGAACGAUGUUGGGCUACUGCAUGUUAGUUGCUGUCUGUCGAACAUCGCUUCGAUGACUUGCCUUGCUUGAGCUAGCAGCCUCACUCUGUGUCUGCAGACAUUGACCUAGGUACAUCAAACUCUCGUUGAUCUUACCAGCCUCUGCAAGAGUGGCACCCGCCGUCUUAGCUUCGCGCGCACGCUCACUGCCCGCCAGAUCAACAAUGGUGAAUUUGUUGCCCUCCCAGGGGCCAGGUCUUCUGCUGCGGGUUCGCUUCUUGACUUCAAAGACAAAGAAUCCAUGGCUUCGGCUUGAAACACUGUUGCUUCCGGUACCAGUAACUCGUCGCUCCUGCAGACCAGUCUCGAUGACCGUCAAUGCUUCGUUGUAGCUAGAGCAAAUGACCUUUCGAAGACCAGCGACAACCUUUCGGUCUGGUGAUAGCUCUGUUGACUUGAAGAGUAAAGGACGUCGUCGCACUUCUUUUGUGGCGCCGGAUUUGACAGCGGGAGUAAGGAGGUCGUAGAUUCGGUCGUUGUGUACUUCGUACAUCGAUAUGAUAACGACAUAUUCGGCUGAGGGAUCGCAGGAGAUGUCGAUGUUGCUCACGUCGGGGAGCUGAGGAAGAGCCGAGGGCCGCACGGUAAUUCGUCGAGGUGGUGGGGACAUAACACCGUCGGGCUUAACAUCAUCUUUAGUAACAUUCUUUACACGAGUUGAAGUAGUAAGAGACAUGAAAUGUCGAAGACCCCGCUUGGGCGUCUUGGGACAGUUCAGCGCGCUAGGAGACCCAAGCAGACUUUCGAGAGGUCUUCUACCACGCUCAGAAGAACGAUCCUAUCGUUCUUUGAGACGUCGAGUUUCCUCUGCCUCGCUAACAAGCCGUACACUUUUCGGACUUGAUGCGCAGUCUGCCGGGAACGCGCCUGGGAGGUUGGCGACUAGCUUGGAGGCGGGAAUGUUGGCAUAGGAAGGCUUUGGGGUCUGUCGUACAAGCAUUGGUGUACCAGCGCGUGAGGGCGCUCGCGAAGCAACUGAGUCGCGAAACGGAGGGUCGAAGAAGUGGGACGCGGUUGUCAGGGAGGACUCGGUACCGUCGAUGGCUUGAAGGGAGUCUUGAGCUGUGAAAGCGGCGUUGGGAUCGAGGAUGUUUUCGCCGAUUGAGCGGAAGAGGACGUCCAUCGUGAGUUGGGUCAGGCCGCGUUGUGUUUUGCUUCCGAGGAUCGUAUGUGUCUUUGUCUAUUAGCCUUGCUGUUUCAUUGUUGACAUGGUACUCACCUUGCCGGAACCUGUCACUCCCAGAG